GGAUCGUCGCGGACGGCGCCACCGCGCCGGAAGCCCACGCGCUGCCCGCGUUCUUCGCCGAGCGCGCCGUCCGCGACGGCCCGGCGUGCGCCGCCUUCCGCCGCGGCGGCCGGCAACUCUACGCGCCGCUGGUCUUCGAGGAUGGCGCCGCGGCGCUCGACGGCGCGCCCUUCUUCGCGCCGACCGGCGAAGAGCCGCUCGCGCCCGCGGCGCCAUGGACCUACGGCUCGCUCGCGACGCACCUGCCGGGCCCGGGCCCCGUCGACGUCGUGCUGUACGCGCGCGCGCGCUACUCCCGCGAGGCCGACGGCCUGCGGCGCCACGAGGUCCGCCGCGAAACGAGCCGGGCCUACGCGGCCGUCUUCGGCGGCGGCGCGCCGGAGGACGCGCCGGCGGACUUGGUCGCGAUCGCGGGCGCCGCGGACGCGACGCAGCGCCGGGCCAUAUCGCGCAUCGUCGCCGGCGCGUCCCUCGUGCUCCGGGGCCCGCCGGGCACGGGCAAGUCGUCGACGCUCGCGAACGCGUGCGUCGCGCUCGCGGCGGCCGGGCGGACGGUGCUCGUCGUCGGCCAGGAGGCCGCGGCCGCGCGCGUCGUCGCGGCCAAGGUCGCGAAGCUCGUCGGCGAAGACGGCGGCGCCUUCGUCGUCGGGCCCGACGAGCUCGCGGACCGGAAGCGGAAGCCGCGGGACGGCGCCGUCGAGGCCGCGGUGCGGCGCGCGCGCGAGGCGUCGCUCCUGCCGCCGGACUCGUUCGCGCGGCGCGUCGCCGACGACCGGGGCCUCGCGGUGUCGUCGUCGCGCGUCGACGACGACUGGGGCCGCUACUGCGUCGUGCUCGAGAAGGACUCGAAGAAGGCGGAGCGGCGCUUCGUCUGCGAGCUCUGCGGCCGCGAGGCGGCGUCCGAGGGCCCCAUCGUGAAGCACCUCGCGAAGCACCGGUCGGACCUGGCCAAGCGGCCGACGGCGGGGAAGAAGCUCGCGGAGUACGAGGCGCUCGACGCGCGGCGCGGCGCGCUCGACGCGGC